AAUGUUUCUUUGAAUUCACCACAUCCAUGUCUCUCAUACUGAAUAUUUUAAGAAAGAUGCUGGCUUACUUUGGUGUCCCCAUAGACCAGGUUUUGCUCACGUGGAAAAAUAAAGAUUAUGGCUCGACUCGGAGUAUCAUUCGUGCUAUUGGGAAAAUGCUUCCUUUAGAACCUUGCCGUAGACCUAAUUUUGAGUUGAUCGCACACUUGAGCUCUGUGGAGUCUGAUCAUUGUGAGUCUACGGUUCCAUCUUUUGCUGAUGUUUUGAGUGUGGCAGGUGGUGAAGAAGCCAGUCCCCUCAGAUGUCGAAAUAACAUACGGAGAAAUUGGGGAGAGGAAAAAAUUGAUCUUUUCCACCCAUCACAUGUUUGGGAUCCAUUGUCACCUGCUGAAAGACAGCACAAACCAAUGAAAAAUGAUGUGCCUGUAAGUGAAGCUGCAGUUAAAAAAAUAGCUGCCCUUGAAGAUGAGCUCGCUUCGCUUCGGUCUCAGAUUGCUGCCAUCGUGAAAAUGCAGGGACUGCGGAGCAGCCCAGCAUCUGGCUUCAUUGACAUGAAUGAGCAACCUAGUGGUGUGGGACGAUUUCUGUCGUCGGGGACUGGUAAGCUGAUUGUGGAACCAGAUCACUUUCCAAGUUCGAAGCUUUCUUCUCCUCCUCUGCCACCACCACCACCACCGCCGCUUCCUCUUCAGUUCUCUUCUGUCCAGCCUCAGUGUUUUCCUCCCACACUACGAAGGUCUACUAAUAGUGGUGGUUUAGAUAAUCCAGCAUUAGAUAAUCCAGCAACUGAAAUGAAAGAGCAACACUCGGAUGCUAGAAAGAACAUUUGUGGUCAUCAUUCAAAAAGCCAGAGAAAUAAUGCUGUUCCAAACAUGUUGGAUGUUCUAAAGGACAUGAAUAAGGUUAAGCUUCGUGCUGUUGAAAGAUCACCUGGUGGUAGACCCAUUCACAGAAGAAAAAGGCCAAAUUCUGACUGGGACCCAGUGUCUUUAAUAUCGCAGGCGCUUAAGCAGAAGUUUGCUUCUCAAGAAGAUGAGUCCUUUGACAAAGAAAGCCAGUCUUGGGAGUCUUCCCCUUUUUCUAGUCCAGAGACCUCAAGGUUUUGACAUCACCUUUCCUCUUCAGAAAGACAGUGAUCUAAAGGAAGAACUCAUCAAAAGCAUUUGACCAAGGAAGGGCUCAGCAACACAAGUUGUGUCUAGACUUGGAAGGAAAGAUCCAGACGCCCUGUUACAUCUUUCACUGCUCUUCAGGGAAGCAGGUCUGCCAGUGCUCAGCUACGGACAGCCCUGAAGAAUAUUGUCUCUGGCUUUGGGAGAUCCGGUGGUUACUGCUGCUGAAGAAAACAGGCUCCACACCUGUUUUUCUUCGUUUGUUGGUGCUCCUGAAGACAGUGUGUACUUGAGUGAUCUUACUAAGCAAGUGGGACUUCCCAGGUGAUCUGUACUUAAUCUUUUUAAAGUCAGCAAUGAUCUGGUUUA